AUGGCUUCAACUCUAUUCCACGCGCUCGUGUCGGCGUCGCUCCCCGAUCACUGUGAGCCAUCGUCGCCCUUGUUGACCGCCAUCUCCUCACACCUCCACAUCUGCCUCCCCACCCCACUCGCGCUGAUCUCGUCUGUGCUCGGAACCCUGAGUAUCGUGUCCUGGCUGUUCGCCCAGCUACCGCAGAUCUACAAGAACUACCAACUGCAAUCAACAUCCGGACUCUCCAUCUUCUUUUUGGUCAUCUGGUGUGCCGGUGACGCGAGCAAUCUGCUCGGGGCCUGGUUUACGCGCCAGGCUGGCUGGCAGGUGGUGGUUGCGGGCUACUAUGUCUGUGUGGACGUCAUCUUGGUGAUUCAGUUCUUCUGGUACACUCAUUACAGAUCCAAUCAAUACGCAGAUGCGGAGGAGUAUUCACACGGUCACUAUCACCAUCAUCACUCUCAAAGCGAGUACCUGGAUGGAGUUUCUCUGUCGGGGGAUGAGAUGACCCACCAGCCGCCAGCACCGGUCAACGUCGCCCGGAAAAAGUCCGAAGUCCAUGACAUGGGCGUGCAGACGGGUUCGACGCUCAACUCGACCUUUGGCCAAACUCCACCAUUCUCCGGGCGCAAGGCCUCCUCUCCCCGCCGGCCAGUGCGCAUGAUGAGCACCUCUGCGAGCCCGCCGUUCGCCCUGCCACGGACGAUGCUGAUUGCCUCUCUCGUGUGUGCCGUGCUUGCCAACGCCAGUCCUGCUCAUCCGGUCCCGUCGCCGCUUCCCCAUCCACCCAUCUCCGACGCUCCCCGGGAAACAGUCCUGGAGGUGGUCGGCCGUGUCUUCUCGUGGAUGUCCACCAUUCUCUAUCUGGGCUCACGGCCUCCCCAACUAUACAAGAACUAUUGUCGCAAGAGCACCGAGGGGCUUUCGCCGCUCCUCUUCAUGGCGGCCUUUUUCGGCAAUUUAUUCUAUUCGUCCUCGCUCCUGACCAACCCUAACGCCUGGUCUGAUUUCCCACCUUACGGCGGUGGUGGCUGGGCGGAUGGGCACGGUAAUGAUCAUCUCGAGUGGAUUGGACGCGCCGGCCCAUUCUUCUUGGGCGCUUUUGGUGUCUUGGGGCUGGACGGUUUCAUGGGAAUCCAAUUUCUCAUGUACGGCUCUCGUGAUGAGGAUGGCGAGAGUGUUGUUGACGCAGGAGACGAGGACGUCAAGCGAGGCCGCAGUCGCUGGCGACGGGUACAGGGCUGGAUGCGUGGAUGGAUUCCCUCCGUCUCACCUGCUCGCAACGAACAUGGCCACCGGUCUGCGCCACGGUCACGGGAGAGGCAGGCCCUCUUGAGUUCCGACCGAGGUCGCUAUGGAGCCGUCUGA